CCCCCCGGUGGGGUGCAUGUGUGGCAUGCUUUCAAGUGGGCGGGGCCUGGGGGUCACGUGGUCUCCACACAGCCCUCUGUCUGAGCUCCCCUCCCAGUCUACACAUACCGAACCAGCCGGCCCUCCCGCUUCAUGCCAAGUUAUUAUUUUGUCUGCUAUUCUCGGUCGGGGGUGGUAAACAGAAGCCUCAUAAUCACCCCGGUUGCUUAAUACCCCCGCAGGUAUUUAGGGAGGGGAGUAGGGUUUCCUCACGCUCUGUGCUCUCUAAAACUGCAUCGGCUCAUUUAUGAUUUCUGCUGUCAGGUUUGACUUUGUGGCUGUUUGUGUUUCUCUUUUGCUUCUAAGAUUGGCUAUUUUGCACGCAAAGUUCUUCAUUUAAAAACGCAAGCACACAGUACAAAUGCAUUCAAGUGUUACGUCUCUGCAGUGAACAGGCAAAUUCGCAUAUUCAGCUUGGGUCUAGCUGAAUGUCAGGCUGCUGCAUUGUAGGAAAUUUGUAAGCAGCCGCAGACAUUUUGCCCAUUCAUUCAAUCACCAAUACUUGUUAAAAAUCGACAUUUGAACCUCAUAGGUUGGAGAAUGAUGAUGAGGGAUGAGUCUUUGCACCAUUCCAGAAGGUUCUCUGUGGUACCCUUGAGCAAGGUGGAACAGAGUUCAUGCAGAGGUGGCACAAAGCGUGACAGGUUAUCACUAUUUUUGCUUUACGCGGAGCUUUGAGUCACAGGGACGUUCGCGUGAUUGUACAUCAGUGGAUAUCGCUGGCAUUAGCCCAGUCGUCCUCUGCGAUGUGGAAUUCAGGGCAGAGGCACUGCGGGGGCUGUGCAGAUCUGUGGUAUGACCUGGCCGGAGAUCAGACCCAUUAGCAUUUGAUGUGAGGUCACUUUCUCAAACCACUAGCGCUCUGAUCCGGUUGAGCAAGUUACUCAUUUGCCCUCUACAUAAAAAGAUACCAAAAUCUGAUUAGAAGGAAUUUGUGAGAAUGCAAGUUAUUUUCCCUAAUACAGUGUUUAUAUUAUCCUGGAUAUGCAAGUUCCGAACAUACUUCGAAUAGCAUCCGUGAUUGGCAAAGCGGACUGUUAUUUGACAUUUUACUGGCUAUUUUUUCUCGACAGUCCCUGAAGAUUAGGGGUCAAGAUUUAGCCUACCUCAUGUAAAACUAGACGUUUGGUUGCAUUAGGCCUAUAAAGCAGGCAGCCACCCUAGGCUACUGCUAGCCUUUUCCCAGCUCAGCUUGUAUCAGAAGCCUGAGAACAGGACAGGGAACUGCGAUUAUUGCCCUUAUCGUACCCUAUAACCUGAAGCCGUAAAGCGCGGUGUCCAGGGUGGUCCCCUUUCGGGUAGCCAGUAAUACUGGCUUCCACCUUAUAAAACGGUCUUAACGAGCUUGCGUGUGCGGCCCGGGCUCCGUUUGAUCUCCGUUGAGCCGCGCCUUGUGAGAUCCCGGGGCGGAAUGCGCGCCAGGCCCCUCGGCGUCUCGCCGGUCUUCCCGUCCCUCGCAGCCGAGCGCUCCGGGCCUGUCCGUCCGUUACGAGAUCCUGGAUCCCCCUGAGAUUUCGAGCGAAGGGGUCGAGCUGCGCGCGGGCUUGCCUAAAACCACCUGGAAAUUUGGGAUAUUUUUAGCGGACCUGUUCUCGUCCCAGGCAAAGUUUGAAAAAGACCGUGCGACUAAACGAACGGUCGGGAAAAUUAGGCAGUGCGAGCACGGCUGGUCUUCCUGUCUGAUCCACAUGCACAAGAGCAGCCGAGCUCAGUGGUGAUCCCCUCCUCCUCCCGACACCUGUGAAACAGACACAGUUUUAACUGAAGCAAACGUAUCUGCACUGCUUCAAACUGAUAGUACUGCAUUAAGAGGACAUCCCUCUUGUAACACUCAGUGAUGCACACUUGUGGUCCCCUGUGGCCUGGAGAGUUGAGGUCGCCGUGAGUGCUGGACUGAUAGGUGAUGCUGGAAGAAGGUCAAAGGUCAGCAUUAAAUGGAGCUUCCUCUGAGGCCGUGUUUGAGGGGAGCCAUAUUUUUAGAAGAGGAAUGUGUCAAAGCUCUUUUGUUGAAGGCUACAGUCUGCAAUCAUAUACUGCCAAAAUAAACCCAAAAUAUUUGACUUGUUUUGGUCCCGACUUAAUGUUGUGGUUAUUGUUUUACGCUGACACUUUCUAAAAAUGUUGCAUUCUAGUUUCAGUCGCAACUUGCUUACUUUGUGCAUGACCUCUUUUUUUAUUCUAGGAUAGUUUUUAUUCUAGUGGGCCAAAUUUUGAUGAAUAGGCUCGGUUGUUUGCUGGGAAAUCUGUGUUUAGUCCUUACCUCUAAUGACGAAAAGCAGUGCGUUGCACAUGCUGGAGAAGUCAUUUGGGAUGGCUUAUUCCUGUACGUGGGGGAGGGAGGAGGUGGUUGAUGUAAUCCUCACAGUGUGAGUUAGGAGGGCAUGAGGUGUACAGCCGCCCCCACCCCCGCUCUCUGAAAAUGGACACAGCCAGAGUAUUUAUAGCCUUGGAGCAGAGCACGGCUCACUUUCUUAAACACGUACCAGGAACUGCUCACAGUCACCACAGUUUGGCUCGCACCUUCUAGAACAUACCGACUUUCUUCCGUCGCACUCUGUCUUUCUUUCUUCAGUUCCCAAAAGGGCUUUUUGCAGAUGGUCACAGCCGUUUGAGCCCCGAGAGAAAGAGAGAGCAAGAGCGCCGCCCCGAUGGAGAAGCCCGCCAUACAGACGCAGCCCUCCACGCUGCCUUUCUUCGACACCUCCCACGCCUUCAACCUCCUUCGCGGGAUCCACGAGCUCCGCGCCGAGCGCAAGUUCUUCGACGUGACGCUGUGCGCCGAGGGCCGGGAGUUCCACUGCCACCGCACGGUCCUGGCGGCCGCCAGCACCUACUUCCGCGCCAUGUUCGCGGGCACCCUGCGCGAGAGCGCCAUGGACCGCGUGGUGCUCCACGAGGUGUCGGCCGAGCUGCUGGGCCUGCUGGUGGACUUCUGCUACACGGGCCGCGUGACCGUCACCCACGACAACGUGGACCUGCUGCUCAAGACGGCCGACCUCUUCCAGUUCCCCUCCGUCAAGGAGGCCUGCUGCGCCUUCCUGGAGCAGCGCCUGGACGUCUCCAACUGCCUGGAGAUCCAGGACUUCGCCGAGGCCUACGCCUGCCGGGACCUGGCGGCCAGCGCCCGCCGCUUCGUGCUGAAGAACAUCGUGGAGCUGGCCAAGGGCAAGGACUUUGAGCGGCUGCCCUGGAAGCGCCUGCUGGAGUUUGUGUCGGACGACGGGCUGGCGGUGGACAAGGAGGAGACGGCCUACCAGAUCGCCGCGCGCUGGGUGAAGGCGGACCCGCAGCGGCGGCUGCACUACUGGCCCGAGCUGCUGCAGCAGGUGCGCCUGCCGUUCGUGCGCCGCUUCUUCCUGCUGGCGCACGUGGAGAGCGACCCGCUGGUCUACCUGUCGCCGGCCUGCCUGCGGCUGGUCAGCGAGGCCCGCGCCUUCCAGUCCUGCGAGUACGACCGCCACGACCGGCCCUGCCAGCGCAUGAGGCCCCGCCCCUCCACCGGCCUGGCCGAGAUCCUGGUGGUGGUGGGCGGGUGCGACCAGGACUGCGACGAGCUGGUGACCGUGGACUGCUACAACCCCCAGACGGGACAGUGGCGCUACCUGGCCGAGUUCCCCGACCACCUGGGUGGCGGGUACAGCAUUGCAGCGCUAGGCAACGACAUGUAUGUCACAGGCGGCUCGGACGGCUCGCGGCUCUACGACGGCGUGUGGCGCUACAACUCCAGCGUGAACGAGUGGACCGAGGUGUCGCCCAUGCUGAAGGCGCGGGAGUACCACAGCACCUGCGUGCUGAAGGGCCAGCUCUACGUGGUGGCCACGGACAGCACCGAGCGCUACGACCACACCCUGGACUGCUGGGAGCCGCUGCCGCCCAUGCUCCACCCCAUGGACAACUGCUCCACCACCACCUGCCGGGGUUACCUGUACGCCAUCGGCUCCCUGACCGGCGAGGACACCAUGGUCAUCCAGAGCUACGACCCCGGGGCCGGCCGCUGGGCCCUGGUCAACUGCGGCCAGCUGCCCCCCUGGUCCUUCGCCCCCAAGACCGUCACCCUCAAUGGCCUCAUUUACUUUGUCAGGGACGACUCAGCGGAGGUGGACGUCUUCAACCCCCUUAAAAACGAGUGGGACAAGAUCAGCCCCAUGAACCAGGUGCACGUGGGCGGCAGCGUGGCCGCCCUGGGGGGCCGGCUCUUCGUGUCCGGCGGCUAUGACAACACCUACGAGCUGUCGGACGUGGUGGAGGCGUACGACCCGGCCACGUGCCGCUGGACGCACGCCGGGCGCCUGCCCCAGCCCACCUUCUGGCACGGCAGCGUCAGCAUCUUCCGCCAGUUCAUGCCGCUGGUGCCCAGCGCCUUCGAGCCGGCCGACGCCCCCGAGACCAACGCCAUCCACCUGCACCGGCACCACCGCAACCUGGCCCUGCACAACCACAACCACAACCACAACCAGAACCACAACCGCGAGCUCAACCGCGACCUCGACCCCGCCCACUGAGCUCGGGCGCAGGCCGGUCGCCGCCGCCGCCAGCGGUCGCGUUUGCCGCGACGACGCCGUGACGACGAGUACUCCGCACUUUACCAGUCAAAAACUCUAAAACAUCUAAACUCCAAACCGGACACCAAAUACAGCUAAAGCAGUUAGCUGAGCUUCACAUUUUGAUUCCUGCAUCGAUUGAGCGGGAAAGAGAGAUAGUCCUGUGGGGGCUGAGAGGACAUUUGGACGUUGAUCAGCACCCGGUGCCGUACUGAGACAGUAGCGGGUGGGGAAACUGAACACAAUGUUGUGCUGCUCGGGAUUUGUGCAAACUCAUUCAUUACCUGUAAGCUGAACUACGGUAUCCCUGUAGAUCAUAGUGACCUCUUGUAUAUCAUUGAGAUGUCUUGGAAAAGGGGCAGGAACAAAUACCUAAACGCCAUAAGUUUAGGUAUUCAUUAGACUGUAUGGUAUUUAUUCAGUCUACUUCACAGUAGGUGUAUUUAGUCACUUGUUUCUGAAUAGCUGUAAGAAACAUGCAUUAAUCAGAAAACAAAUAUUUGUAAGAAUACAUGUAUUUGUAAGAAUAUGUGUGUAAUCAAUAGUCAACCCUUUACAAUAGAGACAUUCCAAAGGCCAAAACACAUUGCCCCCAUGCUGAAAUCACAGAUUGGGACACCCAAAUGCGUCAUCCAAUCAAAUAGGGAUUUAUUGAGUCCUAGCGCUGCGCUAGCCAUCGAGCUGAAUUCAUGUGCACGUUUCUGUGCAGCGCAGUCUAUGCGCGGUCUUUGAGUCGCGUCAUUUGCAGAGAUCCCCUGUGCUAUCGCCCAUAUGGGCCAGAUGGCGAGGCCGGUCAUGUCCGGUCUCCCCAGCGUUCCAGCUCCUCGUUCUCCCCCGACACGUCGCGAGACCCCGCCUCUGGGUCUGGCUUUGCCACGCCCACAUUGUCAGCCUGCAUGCGAAAUCCGUCGCAUCUUCCCGAGUUCUGGUCACUGGACAGAUGCGGUCGGUUAUUUUUAUAGUAAAUUAAAGAAGUUAUUUAUGUACAUGUAUUUAUCUGUGUCGUGUUAAAGUGAGGAUGAAGUUGACUGAAGGAUGUUGGGGGAGAUUGUUGUUUUUAACCGCUGUAUUUUAAAGCAGUUAAAAACGGGACCCUUCCCUGAUAUUAACAUGAAGUAACGGUGAAACUGAGUCUCCCAUUGAGGAAGACACAAGGAUCACUGCAUGGAUAACUGGAAGCUGCGAUGUAUUCUCAGAUUUAAUUUUGUAUACGACGGUGUGUUUUGCAGGUAAUAUUAGUGAAAUGUACAGUAAGCUGUAGAGGUCUAACCUGCGUGAGACAUUAUCUUUGCAUUACUAGUGAUUUUCUUUUUUUGUUUUUGUUUCUUUUUUUCAUAAAAAGUGUUUGUGAUGUGGCCAAAUCCAUUUUUUUGCCGUGCAAACCAUCUGUGUUUGGGGCAAAUAAAAGUGAUGUUCUUUCAGUGCGAUCUCUGAAUAAAGCUGCGGGCAGACCUUCA